GAAGGAUAAUUAAGAGUUUUCGUAACCAAAGUUUUUUGAUUGCGGGUAUCCUUUAAUCUAUCAUUUAGUUGUGAGUUUCAUCAAAAAAUUUGUACGCUCUUGAAAAAACGUAAUUUUUUCCUUAGUUGGUUGAAUACAAUUCCUGAAAGACAACUUGGGUCUGACAGCCUGAAAGAACGCCACCUAGCCACUUCAACGUUCGCACAUGCGUAGACGUUUGAACGCUGUCAAUCCAAUGACAACUUAAGUAUCAAAGGAAGACAGAGCUCGACAGAGCUGAAUAACGUCUGCGCAUGCGCUGGACUUUGACGCGAAAAACGGAUUUUGAGUCGUCUGAACGUUCGACUUUCUAUUCUGUGGCAUCUAGGCCUUGUUUCCUUGCUGCUUUUCUUUUACAGAAAAACCUCGAAAGACCUUGUACAUCCCUUAAAUAUUUUCAAAAAUUGAUUUUCUCCUUAACAACACUGGAAAUGGGAAAAUGCCUUCAACGAUGCCAGCCCCUUUUUUCUCCGCAAAUUUCGUUGAAUUUUUAACCUCGAGCGCUUGGGCCCGCGUUAUUGAUCGCAUAGCUGUGACGUGACAUUUCGUUAUUCAGUUCUGCCUCAAAGGAAUGUUGUCGAGUAACAAAGGUCUGUUAUUAGUGUCAUACAACUGAAGUCCACUUCCGAUGGUUCUCUAUUUUGACUUGGUCACAAACAAAUCUGCCUCUUGAUUGCUUAAAGAAUUCGUCACUCAAAUUAACCAACGUUAAGGAGCCUAAUUUGAAACAAUUGCAUUAAGUUAUAACCUUACCAAGAGUUCUUCAGCCUUUAUAAAUACCGCGACAGCCAGUGAUUCAUUUUGCUAAAGAAUUCUUGAAAAAAAUAUUUCUAAAUGAUGAUUUAAGCGCUUUUCAUACUCUCUACAUUAUAGAAUUAAUUACGUUUUCUGUAAAAAGGAAUUUGUCGUCUUAUUCAUAAUUCAGAAGCUUUCUAAAUUACACCAACCACUUAACUCAUGUUUUGUCAAAACUGAAAUGUGAAAGGUCUGUAUUUUUUGAUGUGCUAAUUGCGGUUAAGAACCUUAUUAUCACUGAUUUGUCUUCAGAAAGAAUUAUCAUCCGAUGAAAGCGCAAAGAUGCCUGGGGAACGCACGGAGUUUUAGUAAGUAUGCUAAAAUUCAGAUAAAAUGGCGGAAACGAAAUCGAAACCAAUCCCACGAAAAGACAAAAUUUGUGUGUGGACUUUUCCUGAAGGGACACAGCCUGCAGUUCGAGUUGAAGUCGACGGAGGGAAAAUCAAAGCUGAAGAUCUCCUAGAAAUAGCCGGGAAAACUUUGGGAAUUAACGCCAACAGCCUACAGUUUUUCGGUCUCUUCCGCGGAAUUGAAAAUCCUACUAAGAAGUACGGUAACAACGAAUUUAUUUACCUUCCAUGCCGCUACGUUAUAUCAAUACAAAAGUGGUCUUUCGACGUUCCGAGAGAGCAAAAGCAUCUUAAAACAGAUGCCGGCGCAAUGCACUUGAUCUGUUUGCAGUGUAUCGAGGAUAUUCGAUGCGGUAGGCUUAAGCCGAAACCAGAUCACAUUCCUCUACUGAAGGAAUACAGAAAUCCAGCUUUUCCUUGCGACAAGCAGUACGUGGAACUUUGCCAAAAAAUGUUCGGGUAUGGCUACGUUUUCCUGCACGAUUGCACAAUUCAGAAUGAUGUUAAAAUGAAGGAAGUCUCACUCACACAAGGAAUGCAGGUUAAUCUGAUAGCCAACCGAAGAGGAUUAAUGAUAAAAUCAAAGAAGUCAGCAUUUUUCGCUCCAUGGCGAAAAAUCCGUCGUUGGUCUCAGGCUCAGGGUGACAGCAUUCACUUUGAGAUUUACUUCACAGAGGAGCUGCGGUUUGAGUGGGUAGAGGUAGAAACAGAACAAGUGGCCUUCCUCAUGUCAGUUAUCGCCGAGUUUGUCUACCUUAUGAAAAAAGAUCUCGAUGAACCAGAGGUGAACACAUCCAUUUGGAGCAAGGGAAUCCCAGUGAAAAAGCUGACAUGGAAGCUCAUCAAGAAAGAGCUGUUCUCCAAAGACAAAAAACAAGAGGAGAGUGACGACGAAGAACAACCCUGCCAGGGAUUUGAUAACCUGGAGGAAGAGGCUUCGACUGAUGAUGAAGGGUCAAGUGAUGACGAAGAAGGGGCUAAAGCUGCUACAUCUUCACGUAAAAGCUCCCAAUACCGUUUCAGUUGAUUUUUUUAGGAUAUCUUUCACAGUUGUCGUCGUAAUUAGACCAGCAAAGCAUCUGAUUGCCGUUCUACUCCUUCAUAUAGACAAACAGUUUUUCGAAUUGUGUUUUGCUCCUACCCUUCUCAAUAUAAUAAAGGGAAAUAACAAACACUCACAAGUAAUCAUGAAAGUGACACGUCUCCUUAAUAUCAUAAACGUUACGCAAGUAGGAAAUAACCGGUUCUUCCCCCUCAACCUCUCCCCGCUUCCUGUUCUCUCCCUUUUAC